AUGGCCACCACGAAUGGCGCAGAUGGCACCGGUGACUCACGACCGGUGUUCUUCUUUGACAUUGACAACUGUCUCUAUUCUAAACAGUGUAACAUUCACGAUGAAAUGCAAAAGCUGAUCAGUGAGUUCUCCCCCAUGAUCAUGCGACACGCUCCUCGGCUAAUCGUCGGUACUCUCGAUAUAGACAAAUUCUUCGUCAAGCAUCUCGACCUUAAUACAGAAGAUGCGCAUAUGCUUCACCAGAAAUACUACAAAGAAUACGGUCUUGCCAUUGAAGGCCUCACACGACACCAUAAAAUCGAUCCCCUGGAAUUCAACUACGAAGUUGACGAUGCUCUCCCGCUUGAUGCCAUCCUGAAGCCGGACCCCAAGCUGCGCAAGCUGUUAGAGAGUCUGGAUACCACCAAAGUAAAGCCAUGGCUCCUCACUAAUGCCUAUGUCAACCAUGGGAAAAGAGUAGUCAAGUUACUGGGGAUUGAGGACCUGUUUGAGGGUAUCACCUACUGUGACUAUGGCCAAUUGCCAUUGGUUUGCAAACCAAGCCAGGAUAUGUAUGCCAAGGCCGAGAAAGAGGCCGGUGCUCCUAGUACUGAAUCCUGCUAUUUUGUUGAUGACUCACACCUGAACUGUAAGCAUGCGGAAGCGCGGGGCUGGACGACUGUCCAUUUGGUUGAAGCUGGUUUCCCCGUUCCUCGUAUCCCGGCUUCGAAGUACCUGAUUUCGAGUCUCGCCGAGCUGCGUGUUCAUUUCCCGGACAUUUUUAAGCCCGAAGAAAGCGUUUAG